AACUAUUGUACAUCUUCUGUUUACUUUUUUAUAUUUGCAACUAUCUAAAGAUAUACAUAAUCAUGUUUUAUAAGUUGCUAGAAUAGGCUACAUUAAGUCUUCUACUUCAGCACCAUUCAAGGGAACAGCGACGGAUUCGGAAUUCAAGGUUCAGAACCACAUGACACAGAGGACAGCGACCAUAGUGCAUAGGGCAGUAUCUGAGACUAGUAAAAGGACACCAAUCCUGCUGACGGCAAACCUGUGGUCCCGAAUUGGACACCUCUAUGAGAAAUAGUUAGUGUGUUGGGGGUGGAACCAUUGCAACAGUGGUGCAUACUAGCCCUGUUUUACUGAACAUUUAUCAGCUAGCCGAGUGACCUGAGACGCGCCUGCGCACUGGCGCUUCAGCUGCAUGCACCAAGUUAAUGCCACACAUUGGUGUAAGGAAACAUGCCUGACAACGCAGAAAGAUGGGUGCCAAGAGACAAGCGGAAAUUCUACUCUUUCCUGCUUGUGGAGCUGGUGAUCAUGGCGGGGACAGUCAUGCUGGCAUACUACUUCGAAUACACGGACACGUUCAACGUGCAUGUCCAAGGUUUCUUUUGCUAUGACAAUGCCUACGCUAAGCCGUACCUCGGACCAGAAGAGUCCAGCGCGAUCCCGCCGGCACUACUGUACUCACUCGUCGCAGGGGUCCCUACACUUUUGAUUAUGAUUUCAGAGACUGCCCUGUUCUUGAUACAGUACUCAUCUAAAGAGCUGGACAGUCAAGAGAAGACCAUGUUAACUGGAGACUGCUGCUACCUCAACCCACUGGUGCGCAGGACCUUUCGCUUUCUGGGUGUGUACACAUUUGGCCUUUUCACCGUGGACAUUUUUGUCAACGCGGGCCAGGUGGUGACAGGAAACCUGGCCCCCCACUUCCUGACGGUCUGUAAGCCCAACUACACCGCCCUGGGCUGCCAGCAGGCCCUGAGGUACAUCAGCCAUCAGGAGGCCUGUACUGGGAAUCAGGAGGAUAUCCUGCGUGCACGCAAAACCUUCCCCUCCAAAGAGGCUGCGCUCAGCGUCUACGCAGCGCUCUAUCUCGCGAGUUACAUCACGUGCACGGUGAACGCCAAAGGGACACGGCUAGCCAAGCCUGUGCUGUCCCUUGGCCUGAUGUGUAUGGCCUUCCUCACGGGAAUCAACAGAGUGGCUGAGUACCGGAACCACUGGUCUGACGUCAUCGCUGGCUUCAUCAUAGGAGUGGCCAUUGCUACCUUCCUGGUGGUGUGUGUGGUGCAUAACUUCAGAGGCAAGCUGUUGCUAAGUGAAGACCCCCCGCAGGACAACAUGGCUAAUGUUCCCAUGAUGAACAUGUCAAGAGUUGAGAGUCCACUGGAGAAGUACAUGGCCUCGCAGAUCUGGGCACGAGCAGACAGGGGUUAUAUGGGAGUUGAGCCAGAUUAUUAAGAAUCACAUCGCCUUCGCUGAAGUCACAUGACGUUGAAUCGGCCGCUUGGCAAACACAUUGGUCAUCUACGCUCUUUACCGUCCAAUCAAAAAUCUGAACGCUCUUCACCAUUCAAUCAAAAACCGAAUCGGGUGCAAUGCUUAUUAUAUACGUCUACUGUAUAAGGUACAGUAUGUCAGUGUUGUCGUUGUCUUUUUCGUCUCUGGAUCCUAUGUUAUGUAAAAACUCCUCAGUAACCAUGGGUAAAAGUCUCUGCUAAGUUUCUUCAUCAAUUUACUGUAUUUAUUUGAUACAUUUUUGGACUUAAUCCCAACAUGAAGAAAAUCUACUUAUUUCCACUGGAAUAUACUUGUCUUGUCAUGGUAACCAAAAAUGCUGGCACACUGUGACCCAGAUGCCAAUAUCUCCUGCAGCAAAGAGGACAUCACCGUGAACAUAUCACACUGCUAUUCAAAUGUUUGCUCUUAUUCAUUUUGCCGUCUCUUCAUAAAAAUUAUAUUACAAUCACUGAACUCUAAUUUGUCUACACUUUAGAGAAGCACUGCUACACUUUUUGUUAAAUCUGGAAUAUAAGGAGCACUAUUUUUGUUUAAUUCCUAGAUUCAAGAUUGCCCUGUUACCACAUGUAGACAUAUACAGAUUAUUUCCCAGAAAUAGAAAUAGUGGUUUAUGAGAAAUGCAUACCUGUGAUGUCGGUGAGACUUCAUGUUGCACUUUGUGAAGUUGACACCUCAUCACUUGUGAAUGUGUAUGAGUUAUGGAGCAUUGGAGCCAGUGUGACUCCAGCUCCUGUUGUUUGUCUUUCUCUUCUCUAUUGCUCAAGCUCUCUCCUACACUAUAUAUUUCUCCUUCUUUCUCUCUGGUGUUGAAAGGAUACAGAGUAAGGUACACAAAUAAAUAGUUAAGUCUGUUGGUGACACAUUUUAUAUCAUAUGACAGGGAACUCUGUCCCUCUCUGUGGUUGAUUUUGAGAUUUUUUAUUAUUGUCUUAUGUUUUACUCAGAUAUUUAUGUAAUUCAGGUACAACAACACAUCUUCUGUCACUGUUGUUUUAUUUAACCUGUGGUGAAAUAAGAAAAGGGUAAUUUGACCAAAGACAGAAAAGUAUGCAGAAAAAAAGAUUAGCAUCUCGGGAUGCAAGCUUCAGUAUUUCAAUAUUGCAAGCGUAGUGUCUUUAUAUUAAAUCCUAAUUAUUUCUGGCUAUUAUAAUUGACAAAACCCAGUCAAUUUGAAAAGUGUCAAGAGGAGCAAUAAAAUAAUUAUUUGGCUUGCCCAUCAGUAGAGAAGAACAGCAUAGCAUAUAAUUCCCCAUUAUGUUGACCCUGAAAUCUAUAUUUUUGUAAUGAUCACUAAAGCACUUACACAUAAAAAAAAGAACAUCUGAACAAUAACACAGAAACAUGACAACAGCAGAACUUCAAAAUCAAGCUUGACUCUAAACUGAAGGCAAUGAUAGCUACCCAUAUCGCUGCUUGAAAUUAUCUAGAACAUUCAGGAUUUGUAAAAAUUUGCUAACAUGUGCAUUGCAAGACCUAACUGGUAUUAUAUUCAAAUUAUGAAAAAGAGAACAGUAUGAUGAAAAAAGAAAACUGUUAAAUGUACUGUAUGUCAAUAUCCUUUUGUCAAACUUUUUUUUUUAAAUGGUUUUGCAGUAUAUGUGUGUGUGUGUGUGUGUGUGUGUGUGUGUGUAUAUGCGUGUGUUGGACAAAAUGUACAGUACAUGUGCUCUACAUUUCUUAUCAACUGACUUGAGACCUUGGGACUAGAAGGUUCUAUCUGAUAUAUUGUUCCUAUCUGGGCAAACAUAUUUGAAGUUGGUGCCAUAAGGUUCUGUCAGCAAUCCAAUAACACAUUGCUAGGUUGUCAAAUAAAAAUAUUAUUUUGUAUGUUAUGUGAUUUACUUAUGAAUUAAUGGAAGAGGAAGGCAUCAGAAAACAGUUCGGAAAUCUGCAACAUUUAAAUUACAUAUUUUCUUAAAAGCAUCGAUUUUUGCAGGUAUAAAUGAAAAUGUAUUUACUAUUUCUGUAUUGUGUGUUUUUUUCAGCUAGCUAUUUUAAGAUAAAUGCAAUAACUAUACUAGUUUUAGAUGAGAGAAUCUGCUAAAUUACCCAAUUGUAUAUGUAAAAUAUAUUGAUAUGUAGCAAAUUGUGAGUCCCAACAAAUUUACUCAUCCAACCUAUUAAGCUUUAGAAAUGUUGGUCGUUUUCCAUUCAAGGAUUUUGUGAAUUCAAAAAAUUUGACAUAUCAAUGAAAGAUUAAAACCACACUCUAAAAAGGUUCUUAGAAAUAUACUCAGUAAAGGCGAGAACUUUAAGGGUCUCUAUCCCUACCCAACAGUAUAAUGGAGAUGUUAGAAAAUAACUGAGAACAAAAGAUAACUUCUUCACAUCUAACUCUGAAAUGACAACAAACCCUCUAACAUUUCAUUUUGUUUCAACUUAUUUCCCUUAACAUGUAAGUAUGUACACAAAUGAACUGACUUUGCCUGGUCAGAAAAAUUGCUGUCUGAUGUCCUUUUUCCCCGAUUAUUGUCUAUGGCAAAGGGGAGAUAAAAUUUGUAUUGUGAACAUGUUCUUAUUAUUCAUAAAGAUGUUUUUGGCCCUACGCACACUUUCGAAAAGAUAUGCAUUGAUCAAAUAAAGAAAAACUGAAAAUAAGGAUUUAGGACCACAGACUGUGCAUUCCACAGUUCCUUAGAGGGAGGUAGAUAAUGACAGUAUGUUACUGAGAAGAGAAUUGUUCACUGUUAGUCCACCAUGUUAUUAACCAGAAGUUUGAUAUCAAACCCUUAACUACGUGAUUACUUUACAAUGAUUUGUCUUUUUUUACUCAUGUACUGUAACUUACACCUAUAUUGUAUAAUUAUUUUGAGUAAUGUGUCAUUGUCUUUAAUCUCAUUAUCAGAGAUGCACAAGGUCAGUUUAACUAUACAUCUUCAGUGUUAUGGUCAUAUGGGUGGUUAUGGACAACAGUUUAAAAUGUAAACAUUUUAACUGUUGCCUGUGUUUGAACACAGCUUGAUUUAUAUGCAUAUGAUCUUUUAUGACCAUAUGUUUCUCUGUGCUUAUUCGACACUAUGUGCUUAAGUGUAUUGAAGUGAAUUAUUUCCACACUUUCCCUGUGUCAUGUGAUCAGCAGUCAUGUGAGGUGAAAUGUAUAUAUAUUUGGGGAUGUGAACAAUCACUCUGUUUGACCUGAGAAAGGUCCAGCUGAGAUCAAAGUUGUUGUCAAUAAAGCAGUGAAUUGGCAGCAUUAACACAAUUUUUGGGCCUUAUCCUUAUUUUCAAAUGUUCUCGUCUCAUUUGGAGUGUUACUUUAUGAGGUUAAUGCAAACCUUUUGAUGCUGAAAGAGCCUUUAAGUAAAAUGGCCAUACCUCUUUGCAGUCUUACAGAAAUUUUACAUUUCUCACCAAACAAUCCCUAUCAACCCAAUUUAACAUCCAACGAGGGACAUUUCACCAUAGCACCACUACAUAAUUUACCAACUAAUGUUAGCAAUGGUACAUUUGUGUCAGAAAAGCACAAGAAUUCAUAGCGUUACAUGGCAAAACCACAAACAUACAUAAAGACAUGUUUACUGGGAGAAAUUCUAAUUCAUGCGUUUUCAACUCUCCACUAAAUCUGGUUGUUCUGUUGAUUGGAACUGAUGAGACAACAAACACCUGAGGCAGGUUUAGCGUAAUAAGAGCUGUGGUCAUGCUGAAAAUAACGUAAUCCGCACUGUGAAAUGUGGUGGAUCUGUGAUGUUGUGGGUCUGUUUCCUUCCAAAGGCCCUGGGACAAUGAUCCAAAGCAUACCUCCAAAAUCUCACAAAAAUGGUUCACUGAUCAUAGAAUGAAGCUUUUGUAAUGGCCAUCACAGUGCCCUGACCUAAAUCCUUUUGAAAACCUGUGGGGUGAGCUGACAAGGAGAAUCCAUUAGCGAGGGCCAAGGACUCUGAAAUAUCUGGAUCCUUUCUGUAUGGAGGGGUGGUCUCAAAUCCCUCCUUAUGUGUUCUCCAACCUCAUUAAACAUUAUAACAAACGACUCAGGUCGGUUAUCUUGACAGAGGUAUGGUGCAAGAAAUACAAAAUUCAAGGAUGCUUUUAGAAUACAAUCAUUGUUUCUUGAAGAUUACAAUUUUUGUUGUUGAAGAAUAAUUUUUCAUUUGUAUUUUUUUUAUGUAUGAUCAGGCCAUGAUUGGGGGAAGACUAGAUCUCCCAAAUUGCACAUCUUCCUCCCAGGCCCGUUUUGGCUUGACAUCGCUCCUGCGUCAUCCUGCUGGGUUAUGGAGCAUGAGGAAGGCCAGCCCGUUUCCAUUCGCAGCUGUGAUCAUGUCAGCCUGGGGAAAUCUCUAUAUAAUCAUAAUCCAGUUAUAUAAAAACACAGUUUAGGAGUCAUUUUGAUCUUAGACCAACAUCAUUACCCCUCCCAAUAGAGAGAAUCCCCUCUAAUAUUGAUAAUAUCUGGGGUCCUACCAUAAAUAAAUUGGGGGUCCUACUAUAAAUAAAUCUGUAGGAUUUAUUUAUAGUAGGAGAUAUAUAUCUGGUUAACUUGACAUAUCUCAUUCUGUCAACCGACCCUCAACAGAUGCCAUUAAGGUAAAAUGGAAAAAGGAACUAUGCCCUGAAAUCCACAUAGUAGACUGAAGUGUAGCAUGGAGUACAUUGAUAGUUUUAUAUGAUUUAACGUCAUAAACAGGUUAGGCAAUUCAAUGUGAGAAAUGUCUAACUGAAGGAGGCUCACUGCUCCUCUGCAAUUUUAUUUGUCCACUAAUCUGCAGGGCUAAAGGACUGGAAUCUUUGACAUCCUCUCUGGUGUCCUUCUGACUCCAUUUAAACCUGUUCAGAUGCUCUGAACCAAAACACCUUAUCACAACAAUUUAAUUAAGGUCCGGUUAGUAAAAAAAAAAAAAUCUUGAUAUUUGGGAAAGAACAUCUACUAAAUUAUGGCUCAGAGAAAGGACAAACACCUUAAAUAUUGAGAUAAUUCUCUAACCAACUUUAAAAUAGGAUUUGUCAGCCUCCUGGAAGAUCCUAGAUUAUGCUUCAAAUGAACUAUUCUUCUUGCAUGUGGUCUCAGGCUUCGUGUUCCUACUCUUUUCACCUGAGCAGUAGCUGUUUAUGAUUUUAUAUUCCUUUCUCUUGAUUGUAUUUUUAUUUCUUACUUCAUAUAAAAUGAAAUGACAAAACACCAAUAUAGUUAAUUAAAAUCUCCUAUGCUGUCCUUUUUGGCUGUGUAAUAAAUUACAGAAAAUACAACUUUUUUUAUAUAUAUAUAUAUAUAUUUCUAUGUUAACUAUUAGAUGGACAUUUCUAUUCCCAAGGUCACAUAUUAUUACUUGAUAGUGUUCCUAUUAAGAAAGAGCUGUACCAUGCUUUACAAUUACAUAGGACUAUGUUCAGAUUUUUUUGUUGUCCAACUUUUGCAUAAUGUUAAUAUUUCAUAUAUAUGUUAUUUUACUUCAAAAAACAUACAUUUAUGUUGAACAAGACUGUCAUGUAACCUACUGUUUUACAUUACUGAUUUGUAUUACCUUGUUCUAUAAUCAGAUCGUUGUCAUUAUUUAGCAUAGUGAUGAUUUUUUUGUAUGGAUGUUGUUGAUACUGUAUUCUGGUCACCUAGUUGUUUUUCCAUACUUCUAUUUCUUCCCUUUGUCUUUUUCACUUCAACAUCAAUCAGAUCAUGACCUUUUACACUGUAGACAAAAUGAAAUUGACAGUCUUUGAAUAAAAAAAAAUAUCAAAUUGA